AUGAAUAGUUUACAAACAGAUAACCAUUGUCAAAUUUAUGACCCAAAUGGACAAUUUCCUCUAGAAAUUGAGUCAUCACUACGAUUACCUCUAGACAGUUCAAUGAGAAUAAUUUUUACUGGCCAUUACAAUGGGUUUGGAGUUGAAGUAAGGGGUAUAGAGGAAAUGUCAAUGUUGUAUCAUAUGGGUUGUUUUGGUAAGGGAACUAAAUCUCGAUCAAAGCCAAAACCAAUAAAAAAUGAUAGUAGUCCUUCUAUUAUUAGGAAAAGGCAGUAUUUAAAAAGAAUUUACUGGUAUAAAAAGUUUGAUUCCAUUAAUAAAUAUCCAGAAACUGAUAGUUAUUUUAAACAUGUUGAAGAUUUAAGAAAAAAGAUAAAAAAUGAUUCUAAAAAUCUUAAAAAGAAUGUUAUAGAUUUGGUGUCCAGUGAAGAUGAGGUUUGUGAAGAUAACCAAUAUGAUACAUUAGGCCCUCCAUGUGCUUUCAGCAACAAGCAAGAUAUUGUAGUUAUUGUUCCUAAUAGUGACUCUGAGGAUGAUGAUUAUUUUGCUAACAUGAAGCCUAAAUGUUGUAUUAACAAAAUUAAACUAGAGGAAAAGUUAGUACUCACUAAACAAGAAGCUUUCUUUCUUGUGUAUGGCUUGGGCUGCUUACAAGUAUUCCAUGAAAAUAAGUUACUGACUGUCAAAGAAUGCUGGAAACUCUUUCUUGAGGGUGAUAAUUACUUUAUUUCCAAGUACAUUGUGUAUCAUUAUUAUAGAUCUAAGGGUUAUAUUGUCAAGCCAGGCAUAAAAUUUGGAGGCGAUUUUUUAAUCUAUAAAGAGGGUCCAGGAAUUAAUCAUUCAGAUUACAUUGUAGUUAUAAAACACAACCAUGUGGAUUACAAUAGCUGGCUGACUAUUUUAGGGCAUGUCAGAAUGUCUGCUACUACCGUUAAGGAAAUUCUGAUCAUAGAAGUGAUUGAACCAAAAACAGAAAAUCUUAACCUACCUAAAGAGUUAAAUGCAUAUACUGUUAAGGAAUUAAUUCUAUCAAGAAAUCUUCCUGUAACAAUAAAUGAUGACAGAGACUAA